CCGAGCCACAAUCUCUACCGGUUUCGGAUUGCAUCGAUUGAACGAUCUCAGACCGGCUUGCCUGAACCGCCUAAACUAUCCUAGCAUUGGGACCGCGGGAAUGUGCCACACCGUGUCUUCAAAUGUCGUGGGACUCCGAGUCGCUGGAGCCGGUGGUCAGGGACGAUUUCACCGAGGAGGAACUUUCCAUACCGCCCAUCAAAUAUGAAUAUCUUGAUCACACUGCUGAUGUUCAGCUUCAUGGAUGGGGGGACGACCUGACCGAAGCCUUUGAGCAGGCUGCAGUUGCCAUGUUUGGCUACAUGACCGAGAUCGACAAGGUGGACAUUCGGAUGACACAAGAUAUCGACGCGGAAGCGGACGACAUGGUCGGACUGCUGUUCCACUUCCUCGACGAGCUGCUCUUCAUCUUCAGCGCGGAGCCUUUUUUCAUCGGACGGAAGGUGAAGAUUCUGGAGUUUGACAAGGAGGCGUUUCGGAUCAAGGCCAGAGUGUACGGGGAAGUGUUCGACCUUGGCAAGCACCCACAGGGCUCUGAAGUGAAGGCCAUCACCUACUCCAACAUGCAGGUCUGGGACAACCCAGACCAGCACGAGGUCUUUGUCAUCAUCGACAUCUGAGUCCUCUCCUCAUCUGCACAGACUGGCAUCUUUGUUGUGGCCUCCGUCUGCAUGGCAAUCGUGCAGGGAUUGUGCCCUUCGCAAAGAAUUGUUACUGGAACUGUUAUUUCCAGCGCGACCAAGUAAAAAUAUUGUUUUACAAAUAAAGCAAGCUGUUUCACUCAACACAAAAAAGGAGUUGAA